CUGCAGUGGUGCUGGGAGGCAUUGGCCAGCAGAGAAAGGUCAGGCAAAACACCGCUUGAUAGAACAACAAGGCACAGACACAGACACAGCGUCACAAUGCACUCAUUGAAGUCGAAGCUGUUAGGCAGAGGAGAGAAAGCUGUCCACCCGCCAUCGUCGCACAAUUCGUCGAAGUCUUCCGAGAUGGGAGACUCGUCGGUCAACGUGGAGGACAUCGACGAGGUCGACGACCAGGGCCAGUCGAUACUCAUGGGGAUCAUCUCCCAGCUAAGACCGGGGUGCGACUUGUCGAGAAUCACGUUGCCGACGUUCAUUCUUGAGAGAAAGUCCAUGCUCGAAAGAGUGACGAACCAGCUUCAGCAGCCAGACAUCCUGAUCGAGGCCAGCAACACAAAGGACCCACUAGAGCGGUUUUUGCUUAUAGUGAAGUGGUACAUGUCGUGCUGGCACAUUGCUCCACAGGCUGUCAAGAAGCCGUUGAACCCGAUCUUGGGCGAGUACUUCACAUGCUACUGGGACCUCCCGGACGGCACUCAGGCGUUCUACGUGGCCGAGCAGACGUCCCACCACCCGCCAAAGUCGUCAUACUUCUACAUCAUUCCCGAGCAUGGGAUCAGGAUUGAUGGACUGGUGGAACCAAUGUCGAGAUUCUUAGGCAACUCCACCGCGGCAAUGAUGAACGGCUUGACGAAGUUGACGCUCUUGAACGUGAUCGACAAGCAAACAGGCCAACCUGAGGUGUACACGCUAUCACAGCCAAACAUGUACGCUCGAGGCAUCUUGUUUGGAGGGUUGAAGUUUGAGUUGGGCGACCAUUUGUACAUCAAGGUUUCCAGCUCCCCGCUCGUGGCAGACGUUGAGUUUAAAACAAAGGGCUUGAUCUCCGGAACAUACAACGCCAUUCAAGGUACUAUUGAGAAAGAGCACGAAAAGCUGUACGAGAUUAGUGGGAAAUGGAACGAGGUGAUGGAGAUUAAAGAUCUUAAGACCAAAAAGACUUCCGUCUUGUUUGAUUGCUUCAAGGCAAAGCCAUUGAGACCAAAGGUCAGAGACAUUUCCGAGCAGGGAGAAUUUGAAAGUAGAAGGUUGUGGCUCAAGGUGACCGACGCCUUGGCCGAGAGAAACCACACCGUCGCCACAGAUGAAAAGUUCAAGGUGGAAGAGGAACAGAGAGAAGCUGCCAAAAAGAGAGUUGAGGAUGGAGUGGAGUUCCAGCCAAAGUUGUUCAGAAAGUUGACCAUAGAAGAGACUGCUGAAUUUGGUAACGAGCAUUUGGAGUUUGUCAUUUACAAAGACCAUGCCUUGAAACACGAUGCAGCCAAGCACGACGUCAAGAAAAUGGAAGAACAUGUUUUUGAGAUUGCUCCCUUCCUUCCUGGACAGCAGUUCAAUGACAAAUUUGAGAUACCAGCUUACGAAAAACUGAAGGAGCACGCAUAAUUUAUCUCUCUCUCAUGGUCACCGGCCAACCUCACGACCCUUUCCAUCUCCCGACGCAACCUGAGCUGACUGGUUUGCUACACGUUAGUUUGAUUUUUUUUACUCCUACCUUAUUCUUUCCCCCUCCAUCCCACAUCCACCUUCCCUACUCUCCCAUUACGGUUCCAUUUUUUUUACGCUUUUAUCAUGCACAUUUCCACACAUUUCCGUUCAAGUUUACCUCUCCA